UUUCUUACGAUGAAUGAUCAAUCCCAACUGCGAUUUCUCGUUGUAGGUGGCGGUCUAGCCGGCCUAGCUGCAGCGAUUGCCUUGUGCAAGGCUGGACAUGUGGUUACACUACUUGAGGCGAGAGCAGAGUUUACUGAGCUUGGGGCUGGCAUACAGAUGCCACCAAACUGCACCAGAAUUCUGCGUCGUUGGAACCUUCUCGACGAAAUAAUCCAAUUUGCCACUAAACCACAAGCUAUUCAGCUACUUUCUGAUAGCGGGAAUGUUUUAUCUACAACAAGUCUCAUCCCUGACAUGGAGAACAAGUUCAAUGCUCCCCAUCUCCUUAUUCACCGUGCUGAUCUCUUACGCAUCUUGUACGAAGGAGCAGAAGCAUCAGGGGCGGAGCUUAUCACGAAUGCUCAAGUCCAGCAUGUCGACUUCGCUAAAAACUGCGUUUACACGACAGAUGGGCGGGAGUUUGUGGGCGAUGUGAUUAUAGGUGCUGAUGGCGAACACAGCACAUGUCAGCAAUACCUUUUAGGUAACAACACCACAUCCAGGGUGCCAUCGGGCAAAGUCGCAUGCCGCUUCACCGUUUCAUCCACCGAUAUUCUUUCUACGCCCAGCCUCGCUAGUAUUGCAGCGCCAUCCAAAGUCGCGGCCUGGCUUGGUUCCGGAGCCCAUGUGGUAGCAUAUAAUCUCGACGCGAGAAAUAUAUGCAACUUCGUAGCAAUUUUACCUGAGGAUGCCAUAUCGGAGUUCCGAUCCCAGUCAUUGUCUGCUGGGCCUACUGUUAUUUCUUCGGCGCCGUUGAAGAAAUUUUUCGAGACCUGGGAUCCCGUGCUGACCACAGCCUUGGGGUAUGCGGACGGCUGCCUCGGUUGGCGACUAACGAAUUCUCCUAGAAUGGAGAAAACAGUGCAUGCGGCGGGGAAAUUCGUAUUAAUUGGCGACGCAGCUCAUUCCAUGCACCCGCAUUUAGCUCAGGGUGCUGCACAAGGAAUCGAAGAUGCCGCAUUACUUGGACACUUAUUUGGUAGAGCUUCGAAAUGCGAAAAUAUAGCCUUAGUGCUGGAUGUUUUUGAAGAGAUAAGGAAAGAGCGGGUUCAAGCUAUACAGAGGCGGUCGGCCGAAGUCGGUCGAGUUUGGACACUCGGUCAUGGUUCCGAACGGAAGAUGAGGGAUCAAGCUUUUGCACUCAACGAUACCAAUAACUGCCCUUUCCCUAAUCCUUUUUCUGACGCGAAACUCACAGCAUGGCUGUAUAGCGACGAUUCAUUCGAGAAUGCAGACAAGGCGUUGAACAGUCACAAAUUAUCUGGGUAA